UUUAUUUAGAAUUAAUCAUUAAUAAUUAUAAUGAGAUCAUAAAGUCCUUUAUUAUCCCCUUAAAAUUAUAAACAAACCACUAAUAUAUUCACUCCCACAUAGAAAAGACAUGUGUCACAAUUAUCAACAGGAAAAAAUAUAUCCAAUACAUCUUAGACUGAUAUUAAACUUAAAAAAAAGGAAUUUUAACUUUUACUUCCAUCCUAGGUUUUAGAAAAGCCAAAAUUAUUUCAAACUGCUAAUAACUAUUAUCGCACCAAUAGUAUAACUAAAGUAAAGCCAUCUGAGAGUCCUACAAGAAUUUUGUUUAAAACAGGAUUUGAAUAAUAAGAAGAGAUCAAAAGGUUGAAAAUAGAAAAUCAAAAUUUAAAAGAGAUUAUGAAAAAAUAACAAGAUUAAUUAAAAUAGUUUUCGGAAUUAGGAAAUAUUUUAGAAUUAAAUAAAUAGCUCUAGGAAAAAAUAGAAAAAUUAGAAAAAGAAAAUAGUAUACUUAGAUAAAAUGUCGAAGAAAACAACAAAAAUGAGUGAAUAC